AUGAUCAAGGAAGGAGUAGUAAUAGGAGAUGAGUAUGUGUUACUAAAAAAGCUUGGUUAGGGGUCUCAAGGGACUGUUUGGUCAGCAGAGAACACUCUUAAAUAAGUAGUAGCAAUCAAAUUUGUAGCAUUUUAUAAAAUUAAUAACACUUUGAAAACAGGGUUACCUAGAUUAUUGAAUCAUGGGUCGAUUGGAGAGUAUUAUUAUAUCGUUAUGAGCAUGCUUGGAAGUAGUCUUUAAGACAUGAUUAAUAAGAAUAAGGAUAAGUUCUCAUUAAUAACUGUUCUACAAAUUGGGAUAUAACUCGUGUGUGCAAUAGAGAAUUUGCAUAAUUCUGGUUUCAUCCAUUCAGAUAUUAAACCUGACAAUAUUCUCAUUGAAUCCGAUGACUUCUCAGAUGUGGGGUCUUCUCUGAUUUAUAUAGUCGACUUUGGCAUAUCUAUUAAAGCAAGCGAAAUCAGUGGAAGUAACAAUAUCUCAUAAGAAACAGGGGCGAGCAGUACCGUAAUCAAGAGGACUGCUCCUAUUUUCAAAGGGAAUAUUGCUUUUAGUAGUACCAAUUAGAUGAUGGGAAGAUAAGCAAAGAGAUCUGACGACAUGAUUUCCCUUUUAUAUUUGAUGAUAUAUUUAUCAGAAGGUAGACUACCAUGGUCAAGCCAAAGAGUAUCAAAAAAUUAACAAGAAGCAUUUAGAAAUCAGCUUAAAGAUCCUAAUAUCAUUGAUUAUGCAUAUUAUAUAAAUGAGUUAACAAAAGCACAUCCAAAGGGUUUAAGGUCCUUCGACUGGGUUAUGGACUGGACAAUUUAAAAUGAAAACUGGUAUAACUCCUACUUUGAAAAAGAACUAAUCUUCAAAAAUUUUCUGAAAAGAAAUGAAAUAAAUAAUGGAGCUAAAGCCUUAAUUUAAUAAAAGAAAUCUCUAACUUAACAAAAUUUAUACAGACCAGUCGAUAGACAAUUCAUCAAUUCAAAUAUAGUAAACAGCGAAUCCUUAUAAAAAUUAAAUCAUGAUUAAAUCAGCCCUCUAAGACCUAACUUAGGAAAAAACUAAUUCUUUUUUGGAAAUAAUAUAAAUUCUAUUCUCAAGCAAUAAGUAUACAAACCAUAUCACAGAUUAAAUAACUCAUAAGUAUAAGAAAUUAGCUAAGAUAGCUAAGGCAAGUUAAAGACUUAUGGAAGACUCAAUCAGUAGGAUAUUUCUCAGUUAUAGUAAUAGUUAGUUCAUAGUAGACAUUCAAUUACCGCCUCAAACAGAGAUCUGAUGCAAUUCUUUUAGAAAGUUAAUAAUAACUAGCAAUCUAGACAUAAAUCUCCUGAGAAUUAAGAUGAUAUAGGCAGUGUACGAUCUCAGCUAUUUCAAUUUAACCUUGGAUAAUACUCUAGAGCUAAUCUUAAUAUAGCUAGCUUUGUUCUAGCAAGUGAACUAGGGGAUCUUAAAUUUUCUCAAAAUUUUAUAGAAAACUACCAAAAUAUAGCCUCUCAAUGCUGGUUUUAAAAUUACUUAAUAACUGACAAUACAUGCAUUUAAGAGGAUGAUAUUGAUGAAGAUUUGAAUUCAAUAGAAAUUCUAAGAAACUAGUAUGAAAAGUAUAACACUGAGAGUGUUCCUAAAACUAACAAUUUAAAGCUAUUGAUUGGAAAUUAAUAAAUAUGA